UCAGCUGACAGCCCCGCGCACGGAAGAGGCGGUGAGCGGUUUGAUCCCGGCGUCUCCAGGCUCGCCCGAGAGUGCGAUGGCAGAUUUUCCUUAGUGUAUCUAGUAUGAGUCCUACAUCUCAGCCUCCUAUCAAGCUUCAGCAGUCUCAGCUCCACUGGCUUAAGAAUAAAUGGGAUCGCACGAAUUCCCAGCUGAACUGAAAUACAGAGAGCGCUGUUAAUAUCCUUUUCUUCUGGUUGUCAUUAACAGUUCCUCAGAAAUUAAAUGUCGUCAGAAGACCGAGAAGCUCAGGAAGAUGAAUUGCUGGCCUUGGCGAGUAUUUAUGAUGGAGAUGAAUUUAGAAAAGCAGAGUCUGUCCAAGGUGGAGAAACUAGAAUCUAUUUGGAUUUGCCACAGAAUUUCAAGAUAUUUGUGAACGGCAAUUCAAAUGAGUGUCUCCAGAAUAGUGGCUUUGAAUACACCAUUUGCUUUCUGCCUCCACUUGUGCUGAACUUUGAACUGCCACCAGAUUAUCCAUCCACCUCCCCACCUUCAUUCACACUUAGUGGCAAAUGGCUGUCACCAACUCAGCUAUCUGCUCUGUGCAAGCACUUGGACAACCUAUGGGAAGAACACCAUGGCAGUGUGGUCCUUUUUGCCUGGAUGCAGUUUCUUAAGGAAGAGACUCUAACAUACCUGAAUAUUGUCUCUCCUUUUGAGCUCAAGAUGGGUUCUCAGAAAAAAGUACAGAGAAGGACAACUCAAGCCUCUCCCACCACAGAGCUAGAUUUUGAAGGAGCUGCUGGAUCUGAUGUAGAUGAAGAGGAGGUUGUGGACAAGAGAGCUGUACAGGAUGUGGAAUCGUUGUCAAGUCUGAUCCAGGAAAUCUUGGACUUUGAUCAAGCUCAGCAGAUCAAAUGCUUUAAUAGUAAAUUGUUCCUGUGCAAUAUCUGUUUCUGUGAGAAGCUGGGUAGUGAAUGCAUGUACUUCAUGGAGUGCAGGCACGUGUACUGCAAAGCCUGUCUGAAGGACUACUUUGAAAUCCAGAUCAGAGAUGGCCAGGUUCAAUGCCUCAACUGCCCGGAACCAAAGUGCCCUUCGGUGGCCACUCCUGGUCAGGUCAAAGAGCUAGUGGAAGCAGAGUUAUUUGCCCGUUAUGACCGCCUUCUCCUUCAGUCUACCUUGGACCUGAUGGCAGAUGUGGUGUACUGUCCCCGCCCGUGUUGCCAGCUGCCUGUGAUGCAAGAGCCUGGCUGCACCAUGGGCAUCUGCUCCAGCUGCAAUUUUGCCUUCUGUACCUUGUGCAGAUUGACCUACCAUGGGGUCUCUCCAUGUAAAGUGACUGCAGAGAAAUUAAUGGACUUACGAAAUGAGUACCUGCAAGCGGAUGAGGCCAGUAAAAGAUUUUUGGAACAGAGGUAUGGUAAGAGGGUGAUUCAGAAGGCACUGGAAGAGAUGGAAAGUAAGGAGUGGCUGGAAAAGAACUCAAAGAGCUGCCCGUGCUGUGGGACUCCCAUAGAGAAAUUAGAUGGAUGUAACAAGAUGACAUGUACUGGCUGUAUGCAAUAUUUCUGCUGGAUUUGCAUGGGUUCCCUCUCUAGAGCAAACCCUUACAAACAUUUCAAUGAUCCUGCUUCUCCCUGUUUUAACCGGUUGUUCCCUGCUAUGGAUGUUAAUGGAGAUUUUUUGGAAGAUGAGAUUGAAGACUAGUUUCCUCGUUCUACUCAAGAUACGGAAACAGAAUAGUUUGCCCUAGUCUUUCAUCCAGUGCACAAAGCAACCUUGCAGGAUAUAUAGGGUGCCAUUCAUUCACUCUUCCAGUGUAGAAGAUAUGGAAGAACAGGUUUAUAUUUUCAUGUAGUACUACUGAUUAAGACACAUUCAUACAUUUUUUCACUGUAACAUAAAAUAAGAAAAAUUAUAACCAAAGUUUCAGAAAAUGAAAA